AUGCCAAAGCAUUUCACACUGCCUUCCUCACUUGAGCCAUAUAAGGGGAUUGGUGACCCUCGGGCUCAUAUUAAAAAAUUCCAGUCUAUGAUGUUUUUUAACGGCUCUAAUAAUGAACCUGUGCUUUGCAGAGCUUUCUCAACUUACCUUGACGGAGCUACUUUGCUUUGGUUUUCGAAAUUACCUGCAGGGUCAAUUUCUUCUUUCGAAGAGCUAGCAAAGUCUUUCAUUGAUUACUUUGUUACAGCACGAAUAUAUGUCCACGGAUCGGAUUAUCUCGGCACCAUCCGCCAAGGUCCCCAGGAAAGUCUGAAAGACUACCUGACCAGAUUCGCAGAGGCAACAAUGGAAAUACCCGAUCUGGAUCCCGCUGUCCACCUACAUGCACUUAAGGCCGGCCUCCGACCCGGAAAGUUCAGAGAGACAAUUGCAAUCACUAAACCAAAGACAUUAGAGGAGUUCCGGGAGAGAGCAGCUGGACAGAUGGAGAUUGAAGAACUACGUGAGGCCAAUAAGACAGAAAGAAAACCUAAGAGGGAGGAAGACCGAAUGCCAAGGUCGGCUCAUAACAAAGAGCUCGGCAAACCAUUCAAACUCACUCUGAAAUUCGACAACUACACCAGGUUCAACACAAGGAGGGAAAAAAUAAUCAAAGAAAUACUCAGCGCCAAGAUCAUAAAACCACCAGCGAGAGCGGGGAGCUAUCAGGACCAGAGGUUUGUAGACAAAAGCAAGCACUCGGCCUUCCACCAGAAAUACAGAUACACAACCGAUGAGUGCGUAAUAGCCAAGGACCUAUUGGAAAGACUUGCUCGGCAAGGCCUACUAGAUAAGUACAUCGAAGGAAGGAAACAUAAAGAAGGCAAUAGGGACAAGGAGGAAUGCCAACAGGCCUCGGGAAACAUGGAAGCCAACAAAUGGCCAAACAACACCCAACCCAAAGGGAUUAUAAACUGCAUAUCCGGGGGAUUUGCCGGAGGAGGCGAAACAACAUCGGCAAGGAAGCGGAGCUACCGAGCUAUGCUGGCCAUCGAAGGAACAGCGCCACCAAGCAGCCAACAUACACCCGACCUAGAGAUUACUUUCAACAAGGCAGACAUAUGCUCGGUGGCCCCACACUUAGACGAUCCAGUGGUAAUCUCUAUCCAAACAGGCGAUCUAUUGGUAAGAAAAGUCCUUUUGGACCCAGGUAGCAGUGCGGAUGUUCUCUUUUAUUCUACCUUUUUAAAAAUGAAUUUAUCUGAAAAACUCAUGCAACCAUCAUCCGGAGAACUAGUAGGAUUCUCCGGAGAAAGGGUACCAAUCAAAGGUUAUAUAUGGCUAAAAACAACAAUGGGAGAUGAUCCAUUGUCAAGAACCCUUGAUAUACAAUAUCUAAUAGUUGACUGCACGAGUCCCUACAAUAUUAUUCUCGGAAGACCUGCUCUGAACAUGUUCAGAGCAGUGAUAUCAACUUUUCAUCUAUGUGUUAAAUUUCAGGCACAAGACGGCAAAAUAGCAACAAUUCACUCGGACCGCCAACAAGCUCGACAGUGCUAUAACUCUAGCCUAAAGAGGUCGAACACAAGGCAGAAACAACACGAAGUCAAAGCAGUACAAACCAUGGAGGAAGUUUUGUCCCUAGCCGAGCUCGACCCUCGAGGAGACACCCAAGAGAGACCUCAACCAGCAGACGAGCUCCAAAAAAUCCAACUGACAUCAAAAACCGGAACAGGUAACAUACAUCGACCAGGCGCUACAAGGACAAGAAAGGUCGGAUCUUAUCAAGAUAUUAUAAGCCAACGCUGA